GUUUAGUCUUGUGCUGUGAGAGAGAGAGAGAGAGCAUGUCUGCUGCUGUGACUCUAGCGCUGCUGUUCUUCUUGUCUGUGGCACUGAAUGAACAGGUGACCGAGGGCUGCAGAUGUGUUCAAAGACACCCGCAACAGCAGUUCUGCUCGUCUGACGUAGUGAUUCGAGCUAAGGUCACUGGAGAGGCAAACAGCACUCGCCCUGGAUUAACUGCUUACAACAUCCAAACUAUCAAGACAUUUAAGCCAUUACACAAGAAGGGAAUUCAGGUCAUCUACACAUCUCAAUCUUCAUGUGGCAUCAAUCUGAAGAACGGCGAGUAUCUGCUGUCAGGACAUGACGACAGCGGCAGGGUUGUUGUUGAUUUAUGUGACCGUGUGGAGCGUUGGGACAGGGUCUCCUCCGUUCAAAAGCAGUACCUCAGCAUGUAUCAGAGAGGCUGUGUCUGUGAGAUCUCGCCCUGUACUGGAGCGUCCUGUUUGAUCAAGAUGCGUCAGAAAAAAUGUCUGAUGAGAGUCAAUGAUUCAUCCAGUCUUGAUGAAGCGGCUCUUCGGUCUAUUUGCCUGCGAGACAGAGACGGCUUCUGCAGUUGGAAAAAAAUUCUUGAUAACUACAAAAGCUCCUAAAAAUGACGUCCUUAAGAACAAGAGCAUAAGCCAUUCGUCAGUGUUCAUUUUUGCCCUUUCAAAAUGUCUACUUCACUAGAAACCACAGAAACUGCAUUACAGAGGCAUUAUAUUGAAACGCAGUGUGUGUGCUGCAUAGAGGGGGCACUACAGAGACAGAUUGAGUCUGUUGAAUGACAACAAAUAACCUAACAUAUUCUUUUGGAAAAACAAAAAAACACCAAAAAAAUUAAAAAAAACAUUAUGAUCAGAACUCAAUUUUAAUUUCUGCUUGUAUUUCUCUUAAUGGCAAAAAUAGCAAACACUUUGCCCAAAUGACCAAAAUAUCCAAAUAGUAUAAGCCUAUUUUUUCCUGAAUAAAUAAUUGCAUUAAUUUAGCAGAAGUUUCAUCCAAAGCAUCACGGCAGAACCAAACCCUUAUGAAAAGCAGUAUACUUUAGCACACUUUAUAAUAAAUAUUUAAAUAUAAGUUAAUGUCAUUAAUUGCAUGUCAUGUAUCAAUACAACACAUUGGGAUUGAUGUGUACUAACUUUAAAUGUAAUAUCAAAUAACACACUACAAUUAAAAUUAUGAACAGAUACUUUGCAUGUCCUGUAUAUCUUUAAAACCUAAUUUUUAAAUGAUUAAAAUUAAAACAUGAUUAUUAAAAAUGUGCUUUAAUGUAAAAACUUGAAAUUUGACAUUUUUACAAAAUGCAUUUUUAGAAGUGUAAUUAAAUGCGUUAGGAAACAUAGCCAUGGAAGUGUCUCUUUUUAAGUACACUUAAGUAGCAUUUAUUCAAUUAAUAUAUUAUCUGCAAUUACAGUUCUAUUUUAAUGUACCUUUAAUAUCUGAAGUACACUACAAGUGCACAGUCACUACUAUUAGGCACACAUGUUUUUCACAAGGGUAUAUGUUAGCAGCAGCUGUGGGGUUUUUUGUCAUCAGGACAUACAUUUUCAUGUUUAUAACAGUAAUCUUGGGCGUAGACUCGUUUAAAAUAAUGUAAUCAUCUGCUUUUAGCCAGGUUUCUGUCAAACAGAGAACAUCUAGGUUAUGAUCAGUGAUCAUCAUAUCAUUUACAAAAAGCGAUUUUGUAGAAAGGAAUCUAAUAUUCAGUAAGCCAAGCUUUAUCGUUUGUUUCUCUGUAUUAUAUAAAUUUUUUAUUUGUUAAACAUCAAUUAAAUUGUUACUCUUAAAUUGGUUUGGCUGUUUUUUUGUAUUUGCUAGUUCAGGGAACAGACACAGUCUCUAUAGUGUGAUAUCUUAUGUUAGAGCAUUAUUUCUUGACUUUUCAUCUGCGUUCGACACAAUUCAAGUUAACACUCUUGUGUCGAAACUAAUGCAGUUAGACGUGAAUCCAUACUUAAUUAAAUGGUACACCUCUUUUCUUACCAAUAGAACCCAAAGAGUUAAAGUGAACAAUAUCUUGUCAACAGAAGUAAAAACAAAUGUUGGUGUACCUCAGGGUUGUGUAAGCUCUGCAAUGUUAUUUACUCUGUAUACAGAUGAUUGUCGAUCAAACAGGACUGACCAAUAUAUUUUAAAGUACUCCGAUGAUACUGUGUUAAUAUCAUUAUUGAAUAACCAAGAGUGUUCAGAACAGCAUCAAUUGGGGGUAUAUAGAUUGGUUGAGUGGUGUGACUUUAAUGAAAUCAGUAUUAACAUCAAAAAAACUGAGGAGAUAGUAUUUGGGCUUGCUUCAGACAUUCACACAACACCUGUUGUCAUACAUGAAGAGAACAUCAAACAAGUUGAAGUAUACAGGUAUCUAGGAGUAUGGAUAGACAACAAAUUAUCAUGGAGAGAUCAUAUAGAUAGUAUCUGCAAAAAAUCAAUGCAAAGAAUCUACUUUCUUCUAAUCUACGGGAUUGAGGUCAUUCGGAGUAAGAAAGCAGAUUCUCCUCUUAUUUUUUAUGUCUGUAAUCAUGAGUGUUUUGCAAUACUGUAACUCAGUUUGGUAUAUGAGUCUAUCUGUUAGUCUAAAAACAAAGCUAAUGAACUUACUAAAAAUGUGCUCCAAAAUAGUGGGUCAGCCACUUCAAAAAGCAUAUGAACUAUCCUAUUAUAAUAAUCUUGUAAGAUUAGCCAGUAAUAUUGUCUCUGAACCUAAUCAUGUGUUGUAUGAUGAUUUGUAUGAUGAAUUUGUGCUGUUGCCAUCUAAUCGACGGUAUAAGGUCCCAAGAUACAGUCGAAUUAAGUUAAAGAAUUCAUUUGUACAUCAAGCUGUAUUAGCGUUGAAUAAUUCAUCUAAAAGGUAAAUCUGUCCCUGAGAUUACAAGGUGUUUUUUUUUUUUUUUU